GAUGCGGUACCAUGGGGAGUUGAGGAUAGAUUGUCCCCUCACAAGGCCCCUGAGGAAGCCAUGGACAGGCGGCACAUCGCCCCUGGGUGCUCUCAUUGCCUUCUGCACUCUCAGCUAGCCACGCUGUCUUGGGCACUCUCGGAGCACGAAGAACAUGGCCCUGGAGCAGCUCUGCGUGGUCCUCAAAGUGUUGCUAAUAACAGUACUUGUAGUGGAAGAGAUGUCGGGGCCCAAAAGACCCAAGAUGGACAAAAUAUUGGGAUCAAGCACAUUCCUGCAACCCAGUGUGGCAUUUGGGUUCGAACCAGCAAUGGAGGUCAUUUUGCUUCACCAAAUUAUCCUGACUCAUAUUCACCAAACAAGGAAUGUAUCUAUAUUUUGGAAGCUGCUCCUCAUCAACGAAUAGAGCUGAUCUUUGACAAACACUAUUAUAUAGAGCCAUCGUUUGACUGUCGGUUUGAUCACUUGGAAGUUCGAGAUGGACCAUUUGGCUUCUCUCCUCUUAUAGACCGUUACUGUGGCAUGAAAAGCCCUACAUUAAUUAGGUCAACCAGAAGAUUCAUGUGGAUUAAAUUUAGAACUGAUGAAGAACUUAAAGGACUAGGAUUUCGAGCAAAAUACUCAUUCAUCCCAGAUCCAAACUUUACUUACCUUGGAGAUGGCCAGUUUGAGCUCUCAGGAGCUGAUGGAAUAAUAUGUUCUGGCCAGAUAGAACAAGAAAAAAAAACUGGUCAAGCAGUUGAUUGCAUAUGGACAGUUAAAGCUCCCCCCAAAGCCAAGAUUUAUUUGAGGUUCUUAGAUUACCAAAUGGAACACUCAAAUGAAUGCGAGAGAAAUUUUGUGGCAGUCUAUGAUGGAAGCAGUGCCAUUGAAAAUCUAAAGGCCAAGUUUUGCAGCACUGUGGCUAAUAAUGUAAUGCUGAAAACAGGAGUGGGGGUGAUACAGAUGUGGGCAGAUGAAGGCAGUCGGCUCAGCAGGUUUAGGAUGCUCUUCACUUCCUUUGUGGAGCCUCCCUGUACAAGCAGCACUUUCUUUUGUCAUAGCAAGAUGUGCAUCAACAAUUCUUUGGUCUGUAAUGGUGUUCAAAACUGUGCAUACCCUUGGGAAGAGAAUCACUGUAGAGAGAAGAAGAAUGAUGGACUAUUUGAACAGAUCACUAAAACUCAUGGGACAAUUAUUGGCAUUACAUCAGGGAUUGUCUUGGUUCUUCUUAUUAUUUCUAUUUCAGUACAAGUGAAACAGCCCUGGAAAAAGGUUAUGGCUUGCAAAACUGCAUUUAAUAAAACUGGGUUUCAAAGAAAAAAAAGAGAGAGAAAGGGAACAAGAGCUUGGGUGGUUCCACAAUUGGUUUUCUGCCUCCCCUUGGCUAACGACCCUCCUAGGACCUGUUGUAGGCCUGAUCCUGAUCCUUGACUUUGGGCCAUGGGCACUUUGCCAGCUCACUCGGUUCAUCCAAAGCCAAAUAAUAGACCUGCGAGUCAGGCAGAUCCAGGUUCAUUACCACCAUCUUGAAAUGCAGGAUACUGGGGUUGAAAUUUCUUCCCCUGACAAGAGAUGCCCCACAUAGACCCCUUCACUUGGGGAAGGCUGAACCUGUGUGUGGGAAAAAGGCUCACUCAAGGCAUGAUUGGAGUGCAGCUGGGACUGCACAGGCUGGGGACCAUGGUACCCCAAAAUCCCGAGAGCCUGGAUUAUAUGCCCUGUUGCAUAGUGGUUGUGCAGUAGCAGACUUGCGCUUACCCAUUUCCGCUCCCUCAAAAAAAACUGCAAGGUCCACUGAUUCCCACACUAUGGGGAUGCCCGUGGUGCUUGAGUCUGGAGAGACAUUUCCUCUCAGACCCCUUUUUUCACAACCUUUAGAGGGGCAGGGCCUCUGUAAUCCUCCAUGCAAAGCCGCUUUCAGAACCCUCCUUUUAGACCAUUUGAACCUGGUUUAUGUUGGCCCUUAGAUUUAUUACUAAGAAGGGGGAGAUGUCAGGGACAAGGACAGAACCUCUAGCUGAUGGAAAAAUACAGACUUUUAGAAGAGCUUAAUGGAAAAAUACAGGCCCUCAAUAAAACAGGGAACUAGAACAUCUUGCAGUCAGGUUGCCUAGUGACAGGGCAUUGAGUCAGAACCCUUGGCCUUUUCACCCUGCCAAUAUCCUGCACAAACAUCUGCAGCUGUGUUAGCUUGCUUCACGCAGAUAAUGGCUUCCUGCUUCCCCCACCCUG